AUGGGGAAACAGAACAGCAAGCUGCGGCCUGAGGUCAUGCAGGACUUGCUGGAAAGCACAGACUUCACGGAGCACGAGAUCCAGGAGUGGUACAAAGGCUUUCUGAGAGACUGCCCCAGCGGACACUUGUCCAUGGAGGAGUUUAAGAAAAUAUAUGGGAACUUUUUCCCUUACGGGGAUGCUUCCAAAUUCGCAGAGCACGUCUUCCGCACCUUUGAUGCCAAUGGCGAUGGGACAAUAGACUUUAGAGAAUUCAUCAUCGCCCUCAGCGUCACAUCCAGGGGGAAGCUGGAGCAGAAGCUGAAGUGGGCUUUCAGCAUGUACGACCUGGACGGCAACGGCUACAUCAGCAAGGCGGAGAUGCUAGAGAUCGUGCAGGCCAUCUACAAGAUGGUUUCCUCUGUAAUGAAAAUGCCUGAAGAUGAGUCCACCCCGGAGAAAAGGACGGAAAAGAUCUUCCGCCAGAUGGACACCAACAGAGAUGGAAAGCUCUCCCUGGAGGAGUUCAUCCGAGGGGCCAAAAGUGACCCGUCCAUCGUGCGCCUCCUGCAGUGCGACCCCAGCAGCGCUGGCCAGUUCUGAACCUGCACCGAGUCCCGAGCUGCCUGCCCCCUCCCCACUCCUCUGUAUAAUGAGUUGUUUUUUGCCAAACAAUACUGAUGGCGGCGCUGUCCCCGUGCGGCCGGACGCACCUUCUUCCGUGACACCUUCGCCUUCAGCUUCCUUGUCAUCGUGGACGCUUCCUGGGAAUGCAGAGCCUGUGUGCUUGUGGAGCGCAUGAACAGAUGUCAUAGUGUCGUUGUUUUGUGACUUUUUAGCCGUUAUUAUUAUUUGUUCUUUGGACCCUAAUGUCUCUGUUCUAAAACCCAAGACUUGGAGGGCAGGGAAAGGAAUCGCAUCCAGCCCGGUGACUCUACUGCACGCUUCUGGGGGCUUUGUUCAAAAGGCCAAACCCAUCUGGGUUUGCUGUCCUGCACACCCUGGGGACCACGGAUGGGGCCAGAGGCUGGCUUCCCUGAGGACAGUCACCCUCUGGGGCAAGGCUAGGAAGGGGUGCUGGGGCACCCCUGUGAGCCCCACUUCACGGCCUGGUAGGCUGUAGUUUCUAAACUGUGAACGUUUCAAGGUCAUUUAGGAGCGGGUGGAAUAAGAGAGCUCAGCUGGCUUUUUCCACGUUUACACUCGAGUUAAGAUGACUUUCUUCAGAAAUCAAACACAAAUGGUAACAUAUCCCCAAACCAGACCCAUCUUGUUGCCUAUUGUGAUUUCAAAAAAAAGAAAGACUGCUGUAUAUAAAAUCCUAGGUAUUGCAGACCAAAUUAUUUUGCCUUGUAAAUGCAUGUUUAGCGAGCACGAAUACAAUCUAACUGUGGAAGACUGUUUUCAGCAGCUUAUUGUGAAGUAAGCCGAUCACAAUGAAUGUCUGUCUUGUUUUAAAGUCAUAUCUGUCUUUGCACAAAUGUAUCAAUCAACAAGUAUAUUUUAUAAUUCCGUAGAGUUCCCGGCGACCGUGACGAGGGCCCAGUUUUGACUGCGUGUUUUCCCAGUCCGGUGGCUGGAGAACAGAAGCAACAGGUUUAGGGGAGUCAGGAGGGUGAUUUACGAGGGGCUGAGGCUGUGGUUUUCUGGCUCAGCCCAGCGGCUCGCUGGCAAUGUGAGUGGGGGGUUGCAGGCGAGGUGCUUUUCUGAGCAGGUGGGCAUUGGCAGAUUUGGAAAAAACAGGCAAGUUCUAGGGACUUCCCAGUGGGCUGACUCCAUUUCUGUCCCUGGUGGCCUUCACAGAGCCUGAGUGCGGCAGUCACGGAACGCGCUGUAAGAAGCCGAGUGUCCGGGGCCUGUGGCCCAGCCUGGGGAACCCAGCAGUGCCUCCCAUCACUCUCUGAACGCAGAUUGCUCUCUCCAGAGGUGACAGAUGUGAGCUGCUGUCUGUGCACACUCAAACUGCUGGGGCGGUCAGGCCAUAGCCUCAUAAGCCGCUGCCCUGGGCAGGUCCUGAGACCCAAGGAUGUAGGUGCGGAGCUGCCUCAGAGAAGGCUGGAGGUCCCCAGGGGUUCUGUCUGCUGCUGAGCCCCCUCCUGUAGGAUGGGAGCUCAGGGGGAGAAGUGUAGCCGCGAGGGAAACAAGGCUGCGCCUGCUCCAGCCUCCACUUCCUGGGUGUGGCUUGAGUCCCUCCCGGCUGGGGUCAAAGAUCCACAUUUCUAUGGCGGACCAACUAGAACUGGCUGUGUAGUGUGAAAAGCUGAGGCCUGGACUCAGGCGUCGUAAUCUUCCUCUGAGCGUUAAUUCCUCACGUUCCACGCCGAGACUUGCCAAACUCCUCUAGGGAUGAGCAGGAAGGUCCGUUUUGGAGAAAUGGGGAAUUGCCCUGAGUCAUGGCGCAGAAUGAGGGGAGGAGCGAGUGUGCUUUAUCCAUCGCACCAGGGACCAAGAGCACCGUGCCUGCUCUGGACUGAGUGGGCCCGAGUUCCUCUUCUCAGUGCUCUUGUGAUGAGUGGAACCAGUGCUGGGACCCUCGCCUGGGACCUGCCCUUGUGCAGCUGGCUGGGAUGAGCCACGGACAAGGUCUCUGGUGUUCUGGGAACAGGGCCGGCGCACGGCCAGUGAGGGCUGCUGCUCCCAGAAGGAAGAGUUCACGCUGAGCUGUGAAGCCCUGGCCCGUCUGUACUUUCUCUGGGGCUGUUUUCCGUCUCCUCCUUCUCCUUCCUAGGAGGCCUUGGCACAUCUAACCCAAUGCACUCAAGUUUGGCCAAGGAACCUGACGGCUCGCAGAGGCCCGGAUGCCUAACUCCAUCAUGCCUGUGCGGGGCCAUCAUCUCUGCUGUGUCCAGGGACCGGAGAGUCUGUUCUGUCCCCAGUCCAGCCUGCCUGGGACGGGGGACUGGGACCAGAGCUUGUGACCUGGACGAUGCUACAGAUUGCUCGACUGUUCCUAUCUACUGGACUCGGGGAGGUGCUGUCCCCCAGGCGCCCACCCCAGGGACUGCCAUGCUCUGAUCACGUGUACGAGCCCUUCACAUGGAGUGGCCCCAUGUAGGUCAACUUUGUGUAGCUCUUGCCUGGCAUUAAAGCAUGUGGAUUGUUUAAUAUGA